AUGCGGCUGCAAUAUGUCCAACACAAAGUGAUCGCAGCGUUCCUUCGCUGCCUUGUCCGGCCUCGACUUCACCUGCAUCCUAAGCCGGAUGAAGUGGUGUCGAUACCUCUCCGAGAGACUGGUCAAUCCAUCAAAGCCCACAUUUACAAACCUGCCACGGAAAAGCAGAAGCCCAGCCCGGUCUUGUUGAACUUUUGUGGCAGCGGAUUCGUGCUUCCUACGUUCGGAAAUGACGAUGAAUUUUGUCGCUACAUUGUCGAUCAUACCGACUACACGGUCAUCGAUGUGCAAUAUCGCCUCGCCCCAGAACAUACCUUCCCCGCAGCCUUCCAGGACGCCGAGGACGCCGUGAAAUGGGUGCGGUCGCAACCAGAACGGUUCGACAUUGACUGUAUUUCGCUCUCAGGCUUUAGUUCUGGCGCAAACAUUGCGCUGGCAGUCUCCUCAUCAUCUGGACUAUUCUCCCUGGAAAACCAGAAUGACAGGCCAGACGUCUUCCGUGCGGUCUUGUCCUUUUAUGGGCCCACUGACCUGGCCCUAGAGACCCCCGAUAAAACGAUCGCCGACCCAUCGAACUGGAUCAUGAGAAAGAUCUUCCCGGGAUUCUCACGCCUUUGCCACAAGUGCUUCAAUCCCGGCGUGGUCAACCCAGAAGAUCCUCGAAUGUCACCGUUAUUCGCCGACCCCCUCAAUUUCCCCGGAAAUAUCUUGAUCAUCACCGCUGCUCAGUGCGCCUUUGCCAUCGAGGGGGAGAAACUCGCGACCAAACUCGAGUCUGCCGGCAAAUAUGUGAAAUCUUGCCGAAUGGAGGGCUGUGCGCAUGGAUGGGACAAGGAAGCGGUCAGGGGGACGUCGCAAUGCAAAGCAAAGAACGAUGCUUAUGUGAUGGCCGUGGAAAUCUUGCAGCGAGGGAAGAACGACGGAAGUGAGACGCCCAAACCGGAGUGA